AGGACGCCAUUUUGGAUGUGAAAAAGUACGCGGCCCGAUUUUCUCAGCGGUGACGGGGACCGCUUUCCAGAUGAAUACGUCGCCCGAUUCCGGCUUACCGGACCACAUCUGAUCGCCGGAGUGACCAGGGACCAUCGUGGUACACGAAUAAUCGAGGAAGGGGACGUCGUGAGUGGAGGGCAAGCGUCGGGUCGGGGGGCAGCGUUCCCCCUGACAGCUGAGGGCGGCCAUGUUUUACGCACACUUUGUGUUGGCCAAGAAGGGCCCGCUGGCACGCAUCUGGCUAGCGGCCCACUGGGACAAGAAGCUGACCAAGGCGCACGUCUUCGAGACCAACAUUGAAAGCAGCGUCGAGGGCAUCCUACAGCCCAAGGUGAAGAUGGCGCUGCGGACGUCCGGCCACUUGCUGCUGGGCAUCGUUCGCAUCUACUCGCGCAAGGCCAAGUACCUGCUGGCCGACUGUAAUGAAGCGUUCAUCAAGAUCAAGAUGGCCUUCCGGCCGGGAGCAGUCGACCUACCUGAGGAGGGCAGGCAGGCUGCUCUCAGCACCAUCACGUUGCCCGAGGUGUUCCACGACUUCGAGGCCACCAUGCCCGACCUCAGCAACAUUGACAUGGAAGCGGCAGUGACGCUGAACCAAAGCCGCGCGGAAGACAUCACACUCAAGGAGGACUAUGGCUCUCUCAGUCUCAUAAAUGACGACAAUUUUGGAGAUAUGGGCUUUGACGACCCCGAGAUGGCCCGUGAGGCGACCAACAUAGACGAGGCGUUUGACCAGGCCAGCCUUUUGCUGGGAGGGUCUAUGCUGGGGCGUCCCUCUGAGGUCCCUCGUGGUGGCCCCUCUUCAGCCGACAAUGAGGCCGGUGCGUCGUCUUCAACCACCGAGAACUCGGCUCUGGCAGCGAUGCCGGUGCCUGGGGAGUCCAUGGAGGCUGGAAGGAACGCUCGGGAAGGGGAAGCGGAUCCGUUUGGAACUGCGGCUGCGUCGACCGAGGCCGAAGCUGCCGAGGGUGCCAGAGAAGGGGCACUGCUUGAGGGUGAACCAAGUGGCUUGUUCGAGCCAGCGGGGCUCUUCGAUGAUGCGCCGCUUGGACACGUUCCCCUGGACACCAGUGGGUCAGACCGGGACGGCCCCUUGGGGGCUCCGGGUCCCGUUCCAUCUGGUCCUGAUGCCCGGCCUGCUGACGAGAGUGAUGAUGAUGAUGACAUGUAUGAUAUGGGUCCUCCGUCAAUGGGUGCCCCGUCGGGGCCGUCCAGUCCUGGAAGUUCAGUAGGUGAUGCCCGGGACCUCGAUGGAGGCGCCACGACAUCGGCUGCUGUAGGAGUGGCCGGUCCGUCAUCCUCUUCGGCGAUGCCGGGCAUGGACGAUGGCCUGCUCGAUCAGCAACAGCAAGAACAGGCUGCGAUGCCCCCGCCUCCGCAGCCCCCUUCCGCAGACUCUGCUCCGAUGGGUGGCGUCGACGUUGGGCCCGGAGAGCAGACCACUCUGCUCAACAAUGAGGACGAGAGCUUUGCUCUAGCACCGUUGGACACCACCGUAGUGCAGGGUGUGGAAAAAGCCCGCGCCAAGCGGAAGCGGAAGCUGAUUGUAGACGAGGUGAAGAACAUCUCAGGCGAGGAGAUGAAGUCCCAACUGUCGGACACGAGCGACAUUGUGACCACGCUGGACCUGGCGCCACCCACUAAGCGGCUCAUGCAUUGGAAGGAGACCGGAGGAGUUGAGAAGCUGUUUGCACUGCCCGGCCGGCCGAUCCUGUCCAAGACUCUGUCGCGUCUCUAUCAACGGCAUCUGACGACGCGUGCCGUUGAAAACGAGCUGGCUGCAGGGGAGGAGCAUCUGUUGCAGCAGCUCGACGAUGAGCAGGACAACAUUGGCGAGCAGCCGCAGCAGAUGGUGCAGCACGACGAACACAUGCAGGAGAACAGCCUUGGCCACCACACUAAGCGGAGACGCCUGGAAGAGGACCUCGUGGUUCCCCAUGGUGCGGUCAACGACCAGUCGGCCCACCACUACGAUCUCGGCGCACCCGACUUUCCCCACGGCGGCCCUCCCAGUCACCUGGGGCCGCCUUCCGUGGACCACUAUGCGGCGAGCAUGGUCCCUCCGCUGCAGCACCAAGAGUACCAGCAGCCCCUGCCGCAGACGCCCCUGCAGGACGGCUGGCCCACACCCGCUGACUACACGUACGCCCAGCCGCCACACACGCCCGUGCCGGACUACACGGCGGCGUACCAGAUGCAGCAGCAGCAACAGCAGCAGGCGGCCAUGAUGGCCCACCAUCCAAUGGCAGCCAUGCACCACCCUCACCACCAACAGCAGCUGACGCCUGCACCGCACCUUGAAGAAGAGCACCAUCAGCACCACUCCUUACAUCACCAGGCAGCAGCGGCACUCUUCCCGACGCUUCAGCCAGACCAGCUGCAGUCUGAAUACCCAGUUCACCCAGCAACACCUGUGCCGACACCACAGUCACCCCCAGCCGCCAUGAUGCCUCCUGCAGCCCAGAUGGGCCCACCUCCAACACCGCAGAUGAUGCCUCCACACACGCCACAGAUGCAGCAUCAGCAGCCAGCACAGGAGGAAAGUCCAAGCAUGGACCAACCCCUAGCUCCGCCAUCUGAAUUUGACGCCCUGGUGGCGUCGAGUUCUGGGCUGCACGGUUUCGGGGCACCCAUGGAGUCAACGUCAGUUGAGCAGCAUCACUUAGAAGAACCAGAGCCCCAGGCAGAGCCGCAGCCAGAGCCCCACACGUCAGCUGAAGAGCAGCAGCACCAGCAGCAGCAACAGCAGGACCAGUUGGCCCAGCUGGACGACGACGAUGAGGACUACGGGCCUCCCGCGUCUGUCGGACCAGCCGAGGAACAGCUGGCCGACGAGACGUACGAGCAGUUCGAAGAGCGGAUACUGAACAAGCGCACUGUGCACAUGCUGCACAUGAUCCGGUCACCACUUGAGGCAGGUCGCCAAGUGCGCUUCAGUGAUGUUGCACGAGGCAGCAAUCGCAAGCAGGUUGCGCAGAAGUUCUACACCUUCCUGGUGCUGAAGAAGCAGCAGGCCGUCGAGCUGCGGCAAGAGAGCGCCUUCGCCGAGCUCUACAUCGAGAAAGGACCCAAGUUCGAGCAGUCAUUGCUCUAGCCCGCCAACCCCGCCAUGGCCAUCUCUUCUCACUCCCCUCCGUCACCGAGACAGCAUUUCCCCCUCCUCCUCCGUCAUCACCAACACACCCCAUUUCUAAGAGAGCACUCAUGGACACGCUGAUGCUGCCUCAUGUAAAUGCCCCCUUUCCCCUGCUCCCAACAUCUCUUCGUUUGCGGUUCCUGUGUUGUCGCCCCCCCCCACCAUCAUGUGCGCGAAACAACGCCAGUGCAAUCACCCACGGACGUGGACACUUCCUCCGGCCGCCUUUCCUGGCGAGGAACGAAAAGAAAUUUGCACCGAAAGUUCGCGCACGGUCUGCUACGGUGUCCCAGAGCGCGCGUGUAAGCAUUGAUUGGACCGAGAGCUCUCGACUCGGCAUUGCGAGAGCACGCGCGAUGUGCAACCUGGCAGAAACAAACCAACACCCAGGCAGGAAAUCUUUUUGGUUGGUGCAUGUUCAUCUUUUCCCCGCUCUUUUGUCUCUCGCAUUUGCCACCAGCAAAAAGAAUUUUAACUUUUCCGCAGAACUUUUGCGCUUGUUUUGCGGAACAGUGUGACUGGCGGGGUAAAUGAAACACCUGCGUAAAAAAAGAGAGAUAGAGAGGGUCUUGUCACCUGCUUUUUUUUUUUUUUUUAUUGGCGAGAGAAGUUGCAAUCGAGUUGUUCGUCACAUAGAUGGCAAUGCGUGGAUUUUUGACGACAGUGGCUUUGCAUUCUUGUAGGAGGUGAAUGAUCUUUCUUUUUUGUUCCACCUUCUUCUGCUUUGCAUGAACACGUGUGUGUGUCAUUGUCCGAUGAAAUGCAGCAAUUCGUUUAGCACUACUUCUCUCCGGCGAUUGGCAUUUUAACACGACCUCCCUUGCUAGCAUUUAAAAAGUAUCGCCGCCUUUGCCGGUGACAUCGGUGUGCAUCAGCAAAUUCUGUGAGCAGACAAGUAGCUCGAGGGGGAAAAAAAAAAAAGAAGAGGGAUAUUUUCUGCGAUUGCAUGCCGCAUGGCUUUUGCUUGCCUGAGGCCUUUGAGAGGGUAUGUCACACUUAUGCAGUGUUCUGGCACACAUUAGCAGGCUUUGAUGGGGGUGGGGCAAAAGAAAAAAAAGAUAGGUCAGACAAAUGUGGGGCCAUUUACCAAUCAAAGCAGUUUUUCUUUCACAUCUCCUCUGUGAACCCGGACUGUCCACUAAAUGAUCACGAGACUGUGCUUUUAAUUCAUUGCUGUAUGCGACUCGCAAAUUUUAAGUUGAGAGGGGAAAGGGUCUUGUAAAAAUCAGACAUAUGCAUCGAUGUUUUCGUUUGUUUGUCGCAUUUGAUUCUGGCUGCUUUGCACUUUUUGCAUCGUCACAGCACGUCAUUUCCGCUUCACUGGCCCCAGAAUGUGUGCUGUCUGCCAGACCGAUGAAUGACCUCAUAUGUGUUCCCGUGCAGUUAUCUGGUUGUUUUAUGUGGUAGUCACUGAGGGGUUUUGUAAACCAGUCACAAGGCAGUAUAGAACUCACUGUGCGUCUUAGCUAGACAGCUUGUUAACGAUAUUCCUUUAUUAGUUACCAUAGCUGUCAUCCCUCACGCUUUCUCUGAAGGUUUCAGUACGCAAGUUAGUGUAUACGAGGGAGGAGAUGAAGCAUUGAAGAAAGGGCCAAAGAAAAAUAGGCUUGUGUAGUGCCGCAUUUAUUAUGACAAUGACAUUCAUCAAAAACAAGCUAAAUCUAAAGCUUGCUAAAGUGGCAGUAACUAAUUAGCUUGAACACUUGUAUGGACCGGCUGAUGGUAGUGGCAACUCUGCCCUAGAAGUCUGCCAUCAGUGGUGGUCCGACUGCGCCAGAUCCACCCGAAUUCAACUUCCUUACCUUUUCUGCAACAAACCUCUGCGGAUGCUUGCGUUCUUAAGAAGAAACAGAAAUGCACGGAAGCCAGGUUAUUAUCAUUGAUCUCUUUCCAGUUUGCAAUCCUGUGGCAAGCCUGGCAUUCUAAGUUUACUGUGCUCGAUUACAAAACUCUGCAUUUGUCUAAAGCUGCCCGAGCAUUCGUGAACGCUGGCAGCAUGAUGGAAAGUGGCAUUUUAGAUCACUUGAAGGGUUUGAGAGUAACGCUUUCGUAGAUGCAAGUUCUGCCUUCAUACGUAUUUUCUUUUUUUUUUAACCUCGCAAUAAUGUUUUGUUGUCUGUAGGCAUUGUCAAAGUCAACUAGGAACGCUAAUGGAUGCAGUACCAUUUCAUUUAAGGUGCUUCCUCAGUGAAGUUUCGCAUCGUGACAUAGUCGAGUUCUCAGGACCAGCACUGAUGUGCAACCUACAUGUCUUCAACUACGGCUGGGCAGCCGGCUGUCACCAUUCUCUUUCCUGUCCUUGCUGUCGACAUUUUCGCUUGUGUGCAUGUUUAGAUUGUCUAAUUUUUUGCCCUUUCUUUUGCUCGAAUUUGUUGCCCUCGGACAAUGUUGGCCUUAAUGUUUAUGGUUUGGAAUCAUGAAUUGUUCCCCUGCUUAGGGCAACGAGUUUUUCUUGAAAGGUUCUGCUAACGGCCUUUUUUGAUCAAAAUGAAAGUGCUUUUGCUCCACAGUUCAUUUUGUAAGUGCUUCGCUACGAAAUCCCCAUAAACAAAGCAACUAUAUAUUUGGUCUAGUCGCAAGCAUGCUUUUUUUUACGUCUUUAUAUGCAGAUAUUGUUGUUCCAAGAUUUUGUGUAAGACGGCACAAAUGGUUGCCUUUGUCGAUUGUGAAGAGUUGUCUCCUGCACUUACAUUAGUCUUCACAUAUAUUUUGCAUGAGACUAUGCAAGCUAAGUUUAAAUCAAGUCUUUUUUUAUCAAGAUGUCAGCGCCGGCUGGGAUGAGCCCUCAAGUCAUUCAACGACUCGCCAAAUCUUGCGAAAGUGCGAGGGGUCUCACGAUUGUGCAACGGACAGAAAUCGCGAGCGAAAUUCUAGGAGGGCUGUUGUGCUUUGUGCGGGUCUGCAUCGUCUCUUGAUCGUCGUGUCAGAGGGGGGAUACUUUUUACGGCCACGCUUUUUCACCAAUCUUCUUGUACAUUGCAAAACAUCUACUGCGCAUGUAAAUUUGCUGGUUGAUAAUGAUGUGAGACUGUUAUCAAUAUAACGCGCAAGACAUCCUCUUGCGCAGAGCUUGCCAGGCUGGAAUGUUUGGACUGUCGAUGUAGUGUGCGAGUUUGGAACUUUCUUGAAAGGGUGCGAGAAGCCGGCCACGCCGUUGUGGGGGAUCGUGUUGAUAGUUGAUAAAGGUUUUUCUGCCCCUGUCUAAGCGUAAUUAAAUUGGAGAACUGUAGAAUUUUCACUUCUGUUGGAUACGCUCAAAACACUUUCAUUUCUUGAAAAAAAAAAAAUUGUAUUGCAUUCGGAAAAAAAGUAGAGGGUGCCGCCCAUUGUCUAGUGACGCCCAUUAAAAACGCCGAGUAUUCUCAUUAUUCUUGUCCGUUGAGAGCGUAUUGGAUUGUCUAGCACUUGUGUAUUUGAACAGCGGCCCAUUCACCUAUGGACUUGAAGGGACACUAAAGGCAGGUAACAAUUUGUGUCAAAGUGAAAGAUGAUUGUUUGGGAAUGUAAUGUCUAAAAUAGCAACAUUAACAACAGAAGUGGUGAACUAAUUGAAAAAAUAAGCUAAAUAUACGACACCACAUGCGCUACGAGUGGAACAUUUUGGAAAUGAUUCGAAUGAUGUCAAAGCGACUGCAUUUAAUCAAUAGUAAUUGAACUAGCUGCUAUAAAAAAGAACCUUCUGUGCAUCAAGAGACGUAAUAAAAUGUUUCUUGUCAGUUUCUGUUUGAUUUAUAGAAAAAAGAACUGCCGGACAUUAAUAUGGGGAAUGGCGCGAGUGGUUCAAAAGUUACAUUUUUGCCUGGUUAGGCUGGGUAGGUGGUGCCAUCUAGCAGGGCCUAAUUGAACCAAGCAAGCUAAAAAUUGUUCGAUGGCCAUUGUUGUUGCUGUGCCUCCUGCUACUUUAGCCCUGCUGCUGCUAGCGCCAGCAGCCGUGCAGUAAAUGCGGGCGACACUGCGCGAGGCAAGUGCUACGUCAAGAGGUACAUUUUCAGGCAGGUGAUUUAAAGUGUGCUAACACUGAGCGGACCACUAAAACGUGAUUUUGUUUCAAUGUGAGCGUUUCCUUGGCAUGAAAGUUGCACUACAAAGUUUCUGGACCUCUAUUUCAGCAGUCCACAUCAGCUUAUUAUUUGCCUUUAGUGUCUCUUUAAUUUAAUCGAUAGAAAUCCAGCUGACCAAAGUACUGGCAUUGUAUUGCUGCCACUUGAGCUGAAAACAGGGAGCAACGCAUUUGCAGUUACUUGCAGUGGACAGACUGGUCUGUGAUUGUUGAACGUUUUUAACAGUUUUUCCAUUAUCGUGUGUGCUUUUAUAGUCGUAUGUUGCUGCUGCAGGCAGUCACUUGUCCUGGUUGGGGCAUUACGACAGCACUGGCUUUACUGUAGCUUUCCGUUGCAUCAAUCAUGGUCUCUGGCACAAUUCAUUUUACUUUUGGGUGUUGUGUGUCUUCAGCAAGCGUCAUUGUGUGGUCACCCCGUGCUGAUUCGACGGGUUACGGCUGCGAUAGGUAAUAUCAAGGUGAUCGUGGGCUAAGGAAGAGGCUUUUGUGUUUGUGCGUGCCUGGUUUUUGUGGCACCUCUUUCUGUGUUUAAACGUUUUCGGAGAUUUCAUUCAUCUUGCAAUUUCUGUCCCAAAGCAGCCGUGCUCUUUUCGUAAUUGCACGGGCGACUCAUCGGAGAAUGAAUCUGUAGCGUUUGAAAUUUGCUGAUUACGGUUUCCUUUAUUGAACUGUUGAAACCAUAUCUCUUGCCAUGUUGAUUUGCAGCGAGCUUGUGCACUGCAUUGAUUGCAAGCUUUCUUUAUUGUUUUGGAACAGUAGAGUGCUGAGCGUGGACACUUGAAACAAAGCAGGAAAUAUGACUGUCGUAUGUUGGAUACAUUUGAAGACUGAUGCGAUUUGCCUACGCACUGUCUAUGUUUUGCAUAGCUAGGCUUUAAGAAAUUGCCUCCCAUUGCCAUAUGUUUUGUGGUCUGUGUUUUAAGCUCGUUCGUGCUCAUUAAUGCGCAUUCUGGAACAUGUAGUCUGAUUUGUCUUUGUGCAAACACUUAUUCUAUUAGGGGAGUACAUUACAUGAAUGCUGAGUUGUAUGCUGCGUGCGAUGGAGCCGUGAUGUGUUAUGUUAAUGCUCCAAGAAUUUGCAGAAAAACAACAGUGUGGCAAAGGGAGUAUGGGUGUAAAGUAACAUUCGGGAUAGCUACUGAGAUGACUUGACACUAACAGCCUCUUUAUCACGACAUGUGCACUGUUGUGUGUUUGACAGAUUGCUUUAAUCUAUCAUCGGACCCAAUCGAGAGGGUUCAAAAUGAGCGCAGCAUGGGGUUGUGGUUUUCCCGGCUGCAUUUCCGAUGGAGGCGGAAAUGUUGUAGGCCCGUGUGCUCAGAUUUGGGUGCACGUUAAAGAACCCCAGGUGGUCGAAAUUUCCGGAGCCCUCCACUACGGCGUCUCUCAUAAUCAAAUGGUGGUUUUGGGACGUUAAACCCCACAUAUCAAUCAAUGGGGUUGUGGUUUGAGGAAACCUGUAACAUUACUUGGAAGAGGUGGCAUCCAAUUUCCCCGUUUUAAGCAGUUGUUUCCUGUCAGGAAAAAAAGGAGUCUGUUUUAAAGUUAUGACAUUAUUUGACGCCGCAGCAAAGAUGUGGUGGUGCUUUGUUCUUCGUAUGGUCAGUUCUGUGUUGCCAGAAAGGUGUUGUCGCUUCUGCUCUCCAAGGAGGGGUGUUUCCACAGCUCCACAGAGCACUUGGCUUGUGUUAAUAUUCUCAGUACUUUGGAAAGGUGUGCUCGCAUUUGUGCGUUUUUCAUUUUUUAGAUUAAAAUGUUACGCUAUGUGUUUCUGUGCCGCGAAAGCUCUUGCAAGUAUUGAUGGUAUUGAAGCUCGAAGCAGUGAGAAGGAACACUCGCCGUGGAGUAUAGGUGGGAGGGUCGUUAAUGAAAGACUCGUUACUCAUUGUGACAGCAAGCAUUGGCUGUCAGUUGUACAUUUCAGCAAGUGGCAGUGCGGGUUUAUGUGUGCCCACCCCGUCGCUAAUGAAGGCAGAAUCAGUCCAGUGUAAAUAAUUCAUAAAGCACACCCACACAUGACAACAGAUAUCAAAGAAGCGUUUUGUCAUGGCAAUGUGCAACUCUUGGCUUAUCUUGAUGAGUGGGACGAGCUUAUUUCCGAGAGUUAGGUUUCAAAAAAGAUAAAAGAAGGCGAUAAUGCUUUGUCCUUAGUUUGCAACACCCACGCUCUUUCCACAGCCGAGACUUGCACAUUGCCACAAAAAAUGUACAUGCGCCUUUCUUUUUGUUGGUGAAAAGCAUAGUUGUGUUGCUUAAUUCAGCAAAAAAGAAAGUUCUUGUAUUCAUUGUCUAAAAGAAAAUAUCAGAUUAGUGUAAUCAUAUUGUUUUCUUCUUUUUGUAAGAAAUAAAAGAAAUAUAUUGUGAAUAUGCCAUAUACAUU